UCCCAGACACUUGGGGUGUUGUUUACUUUCUCCUUCGGUCGGCGGCCUGCAGGGCUCUGCCCACUUCCCUGGAGAGGGGCUUGGGCUGCGGCACCAACACGCGAGGGUGUGUCAGUGUGGGAACUCGGACGUGGUGUCUGCUGCCCGCCUGCAGGGGGUGGGUCUCUAAGCCUCGGCCCCCAGUCUUAGGCCUGGGAUGGAGAGACCUGGUGCCCGGGCUCGGACACCCGGGCACCCGCUCGUCUCCCUCCUGCUCAGCACCUGCAUUCCAGGCCCAGGACCUGACCUAAAGAUUUUGGCCUUUCAGAGCUGCAGCUGAGGAAAUGUAUUUCCCAGGGCAGACAGGUGUACUUCUGGGACUGGUAGAAAAAUAGUAUCUGUCUAUUUAGAAAGGUUGAAGGAUUUCAUUCCACCCACCCAGCCCCUUCCACCACCACCACUACGACGAGCUGGACAAGCUGUUGAGGUCUUGUUAGGAACAGUCUCAGGUCAAGGGCUUGAUUCCACCUGGUUAGGACAGCUAAGACCCAGAGUGUCAAAGGUGUAUCGAAAAUACCAGCCCUUUACUGUCUUGCUUUUCAGUAUUGGAAUCAGACCUCUAACUUCUAUAAUGCUCUUAAUAAAAUGUUUUCUAAUGAUGGAUGAGGGGGAGGGGUGGGCAAAGAGUGACAAGGAUCCCCUGUUGGAUGGAAGGCAUCACUGAAGCUGCAGCUACCCUGUUAUGUGUGCCACUUCUGUUAGCAUCAUCAUGGCUCCUAGGAAAGAAGAAGUCCAACUCAUCUGGAAAAACCAAAUUGUAUAGAAAUGCCUGGUAACUUUACUGUGAACAUUUGCUGGAAAAACUUGACAUUUUAGCCCUUGGCCUUCUGGGAAUGCUUGAGGUGUCAUUCUACUACAUUCCCUUGGCUGAUGAAACAGACAUGCAGGAGCCUGAGGAUAAAAGAUCUGAGGCUGUCAGAGAUGACUCUGGUUCUGUCCAUGAAUAGAUUCUGCGAGCCCAUUGUCUCGGAAGGAGCUGCUGAAAUUGCCGGGUACCAGACACUAUGGGAGGCUGACAGCUACGGAGGCCCAAGCCCCCCAGGGCCAGCACAGGCUCCUCUGCAGGGAGACCGGGGAGCUGGUCCCCCGCUGGCAGGAUCACAUUACAGGGGAAUUUCAAAUCCUAUAACAACAUCCAAGAUCACAUACUUUAAGAGGAAGUAUGUGGAAGAAGAGGAUUUUCACCCACCACUCAGCAGCUGUAGCCAUAAAACCAUCUCAAUCUUUGAGGAACGAGCCCACAUCCUUUAUAUGUCCUUAGAAAAGCUAAAGUUUAUCGAUGAUCCUGAAGUGUACCUCCGAAGAUCUGUCCUUAUAAACAAUUUGAUGAAAAGGAUCCAUGGAGAAAUUAUCAUGCAGAAUAACUGGUGCUUUCCCGCCUGUUCUUUCAAUGGCACCUCUGCCCAGGAGUGGUUUAUGGCUCAAGACUGUCCUUACCGGAAACGACCUCGGAUGGCCAAAGAGGAGUGUGAAAAGUUUCAUGCCUGCUGCUUGUACCAAGAAUGUGGUGGUCACUACCUAAAUUUACCCCUUUCUGUCCAUGCUAAUGUCGGAAAUGCCUCCACCACUGCCUCUUCCUCCUCCUCCUCCUCCUCAUCUUCCUCUUCCUCUCCCCCUCUGCCUUUACCAAGUUGUUCCCACCAGGUGGAUUUUGAUGUAGGCAGUGCACCUAUUUACAAGGGUGAUGGCCAGAUACCUGCCAAUGAAAUCUUUGUUACUAAUGUGAGGUCACUUGGUGUUCAGGAAAAGGCCAAAUUAAAUGAGAAAGCAAAUGAUGACACCAACAGGGAUGGUGGCCCCCUAAGCCAUGAACCUGUGGGAAAUGACCUUGCUUUUGAGUGCAAAGGCCAAUUUUAUGAUUAUUUUGAGACUGGAUAUAAUGAAAAAAGCAAUGUAAGUGAGUCGUGGAAAAAGUCCUUAAGGAAAAAGGAGCCUUCACCAAGUAACAAACUGUGCUGCAGCAAAGGAAGUAAAAUAUGAGCCGUCUUCUCACCGAAACUCAGAAGCAUGCACAGCAUGAUCGAUUAGCUCUCAUAAAUUUUAUUUUGAAUGGAUUUUAUAGUUUUGUACAACUGAUACAAUUAUGCCAUGAACAUGCCAUGUCAUUUUAACGCCUGGAGAGCAGAUUGCAUAAAACAUCUGUAUAGUAGGCAUCGGCGAGCUACUUAUAAAUGUGGUGACGUUACCGAGAACACAGUUGACGCUUAAAAGUAUAUCUUAGUUUUCUUACAGAAAAGAUCAGUAGAUUAGAAUGGGGGACAAUGUGCCCUUGUGAUAUUUCCGUGACCUCCAGGAGCCUGUCACUAGCAAAGAACCUUCCACCUGUUUGCCACUUAAUUAGGUAGUUAUUUGGUAAGCAAAUCAAUAUAACCAGCAAAGAAUGUCUGCUUCUCUAUGAUACAGUAUUUUUUUUCUGACUAAAAGACUGAAGACAGGGAGCUAGGUGAAAUGGCUUCCUGGUGCUGUUAAGUGUUUGGAUUCAACAGUCUUGUGUGACAGAUGAAAAUAGGAUAGAACGUAAUGAAGCACACCUGUCUGGGGCAGCAAUCAACAAUAUGAGUAGAGGCUAAUCCCUGCAAGUUCCCAGCUUGCCUGUGAUGGGUGAUGAGGCUUUUAGAGGUAUAUUAUACAGGGCGAUUUUUGGUGCCUUACUUUAUCUUAAUUUUUGCCAAUGUGAAAAUUAAGGAUAAAUCAGAGUACAGCAGGGAUUUAACAAACAGGAAAAAAAAACACAGGGUGGAUCAAUAUUGUUUGGAAACCGUUAAUGUCGAACUAUUGCGUUCAACUUUUGAUUCAACAUCUCUAUUCUUCCUUUGUUUUUGAUGCCCAAUUGCUUUCGGAUUUGGCAUUUUUAGAAAGGGAUGGAGGAAACAAUAGAGCUGUUAGAAACCAGCACUGGCUGCUCGAGCUUUUCUAUGGCAACGGUCUGUUGCUGGGGUUUGGGUUUGGGUUUUCUGGGUUUUGGGUUGUUUUGUUUUGUUUUCUUGUCCAAUGAAGUUCAUGAACCAGUGGCAUGCAUCAUACUUUAAUCUGUUUUGCAUCAUUUCACUCGUUUAGAUUAUAAAAGCAUGUGGUUUUUUAUAUAUGACUUUUGCUGUUGAUUACGAAGCACAAUGUUGAUAAAUGAUGUGGUGAUCAAUAAGGUUUUAUCUUAAAGAAUGUAAAGAUUUUAGUUUGGGGAAAGUUAUUUUGGAGAAAUGGGACUCAGUCGGCAAAAGCUCCUAUGUAUUUGGUCAACAUUUUUCUCAAUCAUUUCUUUCAUUUGUGCAUUGGCAAGGGUGUUCAGAGUACCCCUCUGACCAUCCUUCCUUCCACACCAGCCAACUCCUCCUGCUAAACUGUAUUCCCAUUUCCAAGGUUACUGGCUAACUUGGGCCUCCUUACACAAUACUUCACAGGAACCAAAUGCCAAACGGAGGAAAUAAGUAAGUCCUCCCAGUUUCUCCAAGAUAAAGCUUUUUUAUUAUUGCUAUUAAUAUUAAAUAUAGGUCUCAUUCAUACAGUGUAUGAGUAGGAUCAUCAUUUGGACAAUGUCCACAAGGACCAAUUUUUAAAACCUGUUCUUGUGUUAUGGCUGAAUAGUCUAGUGAUGUUUUGUCCUUUAUUUUCAAUAU